CACCGACUCUAACCUACAAACCAUGAACGAAAAAUCAAGCACGCUGGCUUCGUCGGAGAACCUGAUCGAAUACCGGGCCGGGCGAAUGGUGCUCCAGGGCAAGACGGUGCAACCGGACGAGCGCAAGGGCCUGCUAUUCUUACGCCGCUGGGCCGAUAACGAGAUACACUUCCACUGGAUGGACCGUCACUCGGGCGAGAUCGAACUGGACGUGAUUGCCAAUGCCGGGACGCUGGAGUUUCGCCGCGUGGAGGAGUGCAAGACCGGGCGGGUCUAUGUGCUCAAGCAUGUGGGCUUGGUGCGACGCUACUUCUUCUGGAUGCAGGAGCCGUUUCCGGAGCACGACGCCAUCUUUUGCAAGAAGGUGAACUCGUUGAUUUCCAGCGCCAAUCGUCGCCGGGUCGAGUCGGCUGCCGCCGAGGGGGACGUGGACACCGAAUCGGAGCCCCGCACCGAUGCCGAGGAGCUGGCAAGUGCCGGCAGUCGCGGUGGCGGCGGCUGCGAUAUUCCCGACGACGAUGUGCUCUUGGCGGAGAACCCGUUCGCCAAUGCCCCGGAGUCGGAGCUGAUUUGGCCGGAAUACUUUGGCCGUGAGUCGCCUGUGGACUUGACGCCAGUCGAUGUGACGCCCUUCCUGGAGGUCCAGCACCAGUACGGGGAGGAGACGCACCAGUAUGGGGAGGGGGAUGUGCCGAUGCCGCAGUUGGACUUGGCCCAGGCCCUGCGCUUGGAGUGGGAUUCGGCCAUCAAUGUGCUGCUGACCUCGGCUUCCUACCGCCAGAGACUGAUGGCCCAUCUGCCGGUCGACCCGGAAGACGAUCCCACCGAUCCGGAGUGGCCCAACGAGCAGUGCCGCAUCAUAGACGAGAACUUGCACUCGCCGCACUUCUACGAGGCGAUGGAAACCUUUCUCUUCGGCUUCCAGGCAGGAGUCAUGGGCUCGGUCGUGGAGAUGAUCAAUCCCAACAAUAGUGAGCUGCUGGAGGCCGCCCGGGCCGGUGAUCUCGAAACCUUCAUGCGUCUCCUGCAUCGCGAUGAGAUGUCCGAAUGAGGCAAAGUGUCUCAUAAAUAAGUCACAAGCCCACAACCCCAC